AUCGAUUGUCACAUGAAGGAUUUUAAUGCCACUCUUGCUAGAAAGCAAGAAUGGAACCUUCAACGUUGUGGUCUUCAAUGAAGACGUACUAUUUUAGAUACGAAAAUGUUAUUUUAAGGGUACCAUUCUGCUUUGUCUUACAACUGGGAACUUACUUUGACAAGAUUGUUCAAGGUUCUGGCGAAGGCUCCAAACCAUCGCAUGAGAUUGCAGCUGUUAUUUGUGGGCUUGUGGGUACAAUUGGUGUAAUAACAAACUUGAGCUAUCUUCAGAAAUUCUUCGUUUGGUUGAUUGAGGAAGUUGUUCUUCUUGUCGCAUUUGCUGCCAUUGUAGCAUAUGGUCCUUCAGAUGCUAAGGAAGAUUUCUUAUGGAGCAGUUCAAAUCCAAAUGUGUCAUCUCAUCUUGAUGUGACUUACGGCUAUUCAUUGUUAUAUGCCCAGGUUUUUGUUGCUGUUAGUGUUGCUAUUGUUCCACGCAAAUGGGCAGCUGUUAGCGCCAAGCAAACUGUUGGAAUUUUCAUCAUUUUUCCAGUUAUCAUUCAGCUUCUCUCACUCCCAUUUGUCAAAGCCUCUUCAAUUCUGCGAGAUGUCUGCCUGGGUUAUAUUGUAUUUGCCACAGUAAUUCAGGCUUACAAAGCUUGUCUUGGCAUCCUGCAACUACUACAGGAGGUUCCAGGGCUGAUUAAGGAUACAUGCAGAAUUGUCAUCACUUUUGGAUGGUUGGACUUUUUUGUAUACCACUGGAGAAGGGUGAACUUAGGCCAAGUUCUAAUGAUAACUUGGCUAAUGAAAUGUUUGGCUUUAUUCAAUCUUUUGUUGAUUGGAACCCAUAGUUUUCCUAUUGCUUUUUCUGGAAGUUUAAUUUAUUGCUUUGAUAGCCUUCUGGAUUUGGCAGGGGCAAGUCUGAUCAUUGGAUUUGUAGCAAAUCUUAUAUUAGACUUCACUAGCACGCUGAUGAAAGGAAAUAUUGAACGACCAAUGGAAGAGCGUCAACAGGAACAGUGGAACAAUAGUGUUUCAUUCUUUCUUUUGAGUGUCCAAGUUGGAAUUUCUAGCGUACCCACGCAGCAGCGCCUUAUGCUUAUAGGCCUGGUCUUGUUUGUCACUCUCUCCUUGUUCUUGCAAUCUAUGUAUGAGCUUGCAGAACCAGCUCUCAUGUCAUUGGGUGCAACUUACACUGGUGUUUUCACCAGCAAACACUUGCGCACAUUAGGAGUGUGUUUGUUGAUUCUGGUACUUCCUGGAUACAUGAUCAUUGUUCUCUGCCAAAUGUUCACUUUUGAUGCAUGGUUGUUUGUUAUCAUAUCCAGUAACUUGGUGACGAUUGUUCAAGUGAUGGGAUCACUGAUAAUUUAUGGACUUUUUGUGUCCAAUGUACAUUCAGAAAGUCAAAUGAAGGAUCUAGAUGACUAUGUUUAUUACAUUAAUGCUGGCUCAAAAGUCUUUGAGUUCUUAGUUGCUGUGGUUGUCCUUGGAUACACUGCAUGGGCUACCUUAACUGGGGAGUGGAACUAUAUUGGUGCAUUGGUAAUUUCAAUGCAUGCCUACUUCAAUGUUUACAAGCGAGCUCAAGAAGGAUGGAAUAAUUUCCUAUUACGACGCAAUGCAGUUAAGAGACUCAACUCCUUGCAGUGGGCCACUGAAGAACAGUUAGAGCAACUAAAUGAUGUCUGCUGCAUAUGUUAUGAAGUGUUAGAUAGGGCUAAAGUUACUAAAUGUAAUCAUUUCUUUCAUAGUUUGUGCUUAAGAAAAUGGCUCUAUGUGCAAGACAAAUGCCCUAUGUGUCAUGCAGACAUUUUACCACAGGAUUGACUAUUACCUGUCCUGCAGCGCAUGGCUGCUGUUGGUUGAAUAAUCAUUAACAUCAUAAAUCAUUUCAUGAUUUACAUGCCUUUCAUUAGGCUACAAUCUGUGACAAAUUUCAUGGAGCCACUUAUGAGGAAUUGUUUCAAAAUGAUGUGUGAAUUGAAAUGCAGUUUUCCAUACUAUGCCCCCCUUUCCAUCACUUAAAACUAUACAGUCACAGAAUACAGAGUGCAUUGUAUCAAUGCUAGUGGGGAAGGGGGGGGGGGGUGAAUUAUGGGUCUAAGAGAUAAAAUUGUUAUGCUUAUUUCAGAGUAUUGGGAUUUCAUUGGUAAUGUAUCAUUUUGUCAAAGAUUGAAGCCCUCCUUAUUGUUCUCCACACUCUAUACAUCAUCCCACACAGAUUACAAUGUGGUUCUGAGGUUUUGGAACUUUAAAGAAAAGAACUUGCUCAUGGCCCAGCUCCCCAGUGAGUCUUAAGUGUGUUAGCUGCUGACCGUGAAAUCAAACUUGGUAGUCAUAUGAUUUCUGAUGAAGUGACUCCUUCAUAUGCAUUUUAUCAUUUUCUUUGUUCCAAUUGCCUUGUCUAUAACUGUGUAAUAAUUUUGUAAGGGAUAGUGGUGAGCUGACAUCCUCCAGUUCAGUAGAGACAGUAAAAAGAAAAAUGUUCAGAGGGUUUUGCAUCACUAAGCUGUCUGACAAUAUGACACAUGCAGUGAUGAUGACCUGUUUUGAUUUUACUUCUUAUUCAGAAAUGAUUGUAGUUUUUAAGUAGCCAGUGAGCAAGCCCCUCUUAUUACUGCUUCAGUAUAAAUGUUUCUUUGUCUGUGAGAAAGUUUGAGGCUUUGAAUGAUGCCAACUAGCAAGAAAUCUGAAAAUGGUCUGUGCAAACCUUUCCCAACUUGUCUCAAAUCUUCCUGCAGAUAGAGAAACACUUAUCCUGCAGUGCAAAUAUGAGGGCCUGCUUACAGGCUAGUAUCUACCUAAAAAGACAUUGACAACAGUUUAUACACAACUGAAUAGUUAUUUUGUUUUUGGUAGCCAAGAAUUUCAGGGUCUUAUUUUUCAAACUUUACCUGACUAUGUUUGUUAAACCAGAAGUAGUUCAAAAGUCACUUUAAAUUUUUCCUGUCACUAAUGACAUUUAUGAUACAGUAUAUUCAGCAAACACAGUAAAGAGAAACUGUAAUAUAUAUUUAUGUUUUUUCAGUGAAGGUCUCAAUAUGUGGUCUUGAUUAGUGGUAUAUUUAAAGCCUUUGAUUUUAAAAGCAAAAGAAAUUUAAUUACUGAGGUUUAAAAUUUAACUGUAACUGUAACUUUAUUUUUUAAAUCCUAUAAGGAAAGGUGUUUUUUACAAGUCAGCUACAGAGUGCAUGUACAUGUA